UGAAUUAGCAUUGUUGAUCUACAUAAACCAUGCUUUCAUAGGAUUUGUGGUACAUUGUAUUUAAAAGCAAGAUGCUAAAAUGGUGAUGGCCUAAUAACGAAAAAGAUCAAAUAAACUUUCAUGCAUCCAUAGAGUUGAAGUUUAAUUGUAUUGUAAUGUCACUGAAUACUAUAGGGAGUUACAUAGGAUUUCCUUUGGGUGUUCUGGUAUUUUUGUACAUGAUUAUGUCCUACAAGAAAAAGAAGAACAUCCAGGGAAAAGUUGUUCUGAUUACAGGAGCAAAUUCAGGUCUUGGUAAAGCAUGUGCCAAAGCCUUUCAUCAAGCAAAAUGUAGAGUUUUAUUGUGUGGAAGGAACAGGGACGCUUUAGAAGCACUCAAAGUGGAAUUAGAAAAUGCUAAGGUACCAUCUUCAUACCCAGCAGAGAUAGUAGUUUUAGACUUGGAAAAUUUAUCCAGUAUACCUCAGUGUAUUGCUGACACUGUGAGAAUUCAUGGUCAUAUUGAUAUUGUAAUAAAUAAUGCUGGUCUGAGCUAUAGAGGGCAGAUAGAAAACACAAGUCUAGAUGUAGAUAUCAAAUUAAUGACGGUCAAUUACUUUGCCCAAAUAGCUCUUAUAAAAGCUGUGUUACCUUAUAUGAAAUCAAAACAGAAUGGAUCUAUAGUAAACAUCAGUAGUAUACAGGGCAAGUUUGCUAUACCAUAUAGAUCUGCAUACACGGCUUCAAAGCAUGCAAUUCAGUCUUUCAGUGAUUCUUUGAGAGCAGAAGUAGACAAUAUACAUGUUUGUGUAGUAAGCCCAGCUUACAUUCAAACUAACCUUUCUAAGAAUGCUGUUUGUGGAGAUGGUUCUAAAUAUGGCCUGAUGGAUAAGACCACACAAUCUGGAAUGGAGCCAACAUAUGUUGCUGAGAAGAUCCUGUCAGCAGUUGAAUUUGAACAAAAUGAAGUCAUAUUAGCUCCUGUACAUCACAAAAUAGCUAUUUAUUUAAGAACAAUUGUACCUAAUUUAUUUUUUAAAUUGAUGAAAUCAAGAGCUAAAUCUGGAAAAAAAGAUUAUGAAAAAAAUGAUUGAUUUCACUGUAAUUCAGUAUGUAUGUGCAACACUAGUCACACGAGGCAAUACAGGUUUUACUGUAAAAUAAAUGAAUGGCUAGUGAUGAAAACCACUGUUCUAACAACAAGCCCAAAUACACAUUAUCAUUAAGCUUUCAUUGUAAGAAUUUUUCCACUCUGUCAGCAUCAAACUGUCUUAUUUUCAACAAAAAAAAUCAUGUGAUUUUGUUUUUUCUGUGAAAGUAAACGAUGUCAACACAAAUGAUUGAUUGAAUAUUGCUUGCUUAAUGUACAGUGUCAAAUAUUUCAUGCAUAUCACAAAUAAUACAAUUAGUAGGUUCUGUAAAGUAGGACAACUGGGACAAAGGUUGGGAAGACACAAGACCAGGCUAUUCUCAGUUUAAUAGAUAAACUGUUUCCAAAGUUAGCGAGUCACACAGAAGAAUCCAGUUGGGAAAAAUACCAGUGAUAUGGAAUCAGACUUGCAAUCUCUCAUUUCUUAUUUUUCAAGCCUGACUUCACAACCCAUCUGAACGUCCUAUCUUUGGAGCUUUUGGUGUCAUCAAGACAAGAUAAUUCAAACUUGUAUGUGUAUAAAAGGAAAUGUGUAUCUCAUGUCACAAGGAGAUCAAAACUGAAUUACAUUGUCAUUAAAAUUCAUAUUUCAGGAGCUCUAAGUUGCAUUUUGUAAGAAAGUGUACGUUAUAUUUAAGAGAAAAUAGACUGAGAUAUUUUCCUGCUGCACUGAGUUUGUUUAUAGUGUCAUAUUUGAGUUCAAAUCUCAUGUAAAACUUUGAAAAAAAUGCUUAUUGUACAAUAUAGAACAGGAGUUUCAAUACAAGAAGUUCAAAGUUAGUAGAUGAGACUUGAUGUACCUUCAUGUUUAAUUGACUUAAUUUAAAGUUUAUAUCACCUUCAAAGUUUUAGGGUUAUCCAAAAUUCCCCAUUUUAAUUUUUCAUGCUUAUUUGACUUUUGUUAAAUUUUUAAAUCACUAGGCUAGUGACUAGGUUAUUCAAAUGCCACAACUUUUAUACAAAUUUCUUUUCAUCAGAGUUCUAAUUUGAACAAAACCAAAUAUUAUUUAUUAUAGUAUUCAAUAGUUCAAACAUCUGUUAUUGUUAAAAAGGACAUUGAUCAGACACAAUUUUACAACUUAAUAACAUCUUCUCGAAAAUCUUAUUGCAUGUAGACCUUUUCUUUCCUUAUUUAUAUAUUUUCUAUAAUUUGUAAUAAAAAUAUUACGAGA